GAAUUUGCUAGUGUCUUACAGACCGCUAGCCCUGCUAUCUUGCAAACUUGAGACAAUUAACCAUGGAAACCAUUCGUCAGCGGACCUCCGGCAACAAGGGCGAGAAAGCCUUGCUUGUCUUGAGACACAGUGGCUUUGUGGGGACGCUCCUAGCCGCGCGCACAGACGCCUUGAGUAAGUCGAUCGCGCUCGCCGGAUAGGCCCGAGCUGACGAGGGCGGCCGCGAGGAACGUCCGCGCGUUUCUCGAUCCACUCAUAGAGGCCGCGGAGCCCGUCAACGCCAACAGGGCCCGCCUCGAGCUGAAGGCAUUCGCGUCCCGCGAAAGUCCCGAGUUCGUGGCCUUUUACGACGAAUACGCCUCCGGAAACACCCGCGGCUGGUUCGACCGGCAGCUCGUGGCCGCGCCCGGCGGCCCGCCGGACUGGCUCCAGGCUUAAUUGCAGCAGCAGGGAAACUGAGUA